GGACAGCGCGCACCCCUAACCACCAGCCGUCGAUCGAAAACUUUUCAAAUUCAAACUUCGAACGCUCAAAAGUUUAAAUCUGACAGUUUAUUUUUUAAUUUGACAAAGUGCGAAGGCGAAGGGGUGCUGAGUCAGCAGAGGAGCAGGCACAGAUAAAUUAAAGCAACAUCAAUGUGGCGAAGAUGUGAACUACAAUGAAAUGGUAGUGAAGAUUAUCACCGAACAUGGAAGCAGCAUUGCCACAAUUUCACAGAUUAACAUCAUCCCGUUUCUACCAACACUAUGUAGCGCCACCAGUUCGACUAUCCACCGACUAUCUCCACGAUCUCAUCCCUCAACAGCAUCCAACUCUCCUUCAACAAUAUCUAGCUUAUUACAAUGAACCUUUAGUCCCACUCGAUCUAUCUUUGAAAUCCACUACUCCCAUCACACCACCAUGCACUCCGCCUCCAACCCAAAAACGAAAAUCCUCUGAAGAAAAACCAGCAAAGUCGCCUAAAAUAUUUCGAACCUUUGAAGAACCACCCGAAAAAGAGGAAUCCGAAAGCAAUGCUGAAAAGCGUAAAAUUGAGGAUGAAAACUCUAAUGACAGCGACAGCCCUGAAGCUAAGAAGCUUAAAUUCACAAAGCAGUUUUUUGAAGAGCUCAAAACUUGCUUGCCACCUGAACCUGAGACUCCGUCGAAGAGCGAAAGGAGUUCACCAGAUGUAGUCGAAGUCAAAGAUGUCGAGGAGCGUCCGAAGAAAUCUCCGAAGCCAACAACUCAGCCUGUUAAAAAAAGCAAAGCUGUGAGACGGUUGAUGUUCGAUGAAGAUAAAACUUCACCAGUCUCUGGAACCAUCAUUCGAGAUUUAGCUGAAGACGAAACUCUAGUAGUUCGAAAGGGCGACAUAGACCCAGCGUUCAACGUAGUAGAAGUGACAGAAGAGGCAAAGGCACUGAUAGCGUCCAUUGAAAACCGUUUGGGGCGGUACAUCUGCAGGCUUUGCCGAAGACUGUACAGCGAUGCAUUCGCUUUGGCGCAGCACCGUUGUUCCCGCAUAGUGCACAUUGAAUACCGAUGUCCGGAAUGCGAUAAGGUCUUCAACUGCCCUGCCAACCUCGCAUCGCACCGCCGCUGGCACAAGCCUCGCGUUCCCGGCGCCACCAAACGACGGGAGCCUCCAGCAUCAGACGCAGGGCGGUACCCUUGCCAGCGCUGCGGGAAGAUGUUCAGGAGACAGGCGUAUCUCAGGAAGCAUCUGCUGGCUCACGAACAGCCGGAGAGCGAGGAGAAGGAACCGUCCGCGUUUCGGCAGGUGCAUGCUGAAUAUCCUGCUUAUCAGACGGAAACCCUCCGUGAUAGCAACUUCAACACAUUCUGGAACAAGAUCCCCCCGCCGCCCCAAGAGAUAGCUUGGGAGGGCGUGCGCACCCGAUGCGCGUCCUCCUGCUCCUCCGAGGAUUCCCGAAGCCUCGACGUCACGGGUUCUGAGGAUGAAGGCGGUGGCGCUACGGACGGGUGACGGCGAGUGCUGCGGCCCGUGCCGCGGUUCCCUGCCUAUCCCGUGCCCCCGCUGCCGUAUUACAACACGUAUGGACACGACACGCCUCUUUACUUUUCUUAAUUAUCCAAAAAAUAGACUACAAUGUCGUCAUCGAUUCAAAAGCUCCCUUAGAUGGCGAGGAUGCAAAGCGUUCUUCACUGAAAUCCAAGAAAAUCCACUAUCAUCGAAAUUAGCUGAGGUAGUCACAUCGUUUACUUGUUUUGGAACUACGAGUAUUAUGCGCCAUUAUUCUCAGUAAUUAUAUUAUUGUUCUCAGUUAGACGUACUUUCAGGUCUAGUAGGUACGUAGAAAUUCGACGCUCGACGUUGUAGUCCCGUAAGUAUACGAGUUUAUAACAAUAUUGUACCCUGAACCCUACUUUUAACACCGGUUUAGUUGAUUGAAUGUUAUUUAUAAAAUUUAUCUACAUCUACGUGUUAGUGUUGCGUUGGGAUAAGUCACGGAAUACCUUUGUUGUACAAUAGCUGUAUUUUCUAAAUAGUUUUUAAAUGUCACUUACAUAUCAAUGUUUAAUUCAGAUUAUAGUAGCAUUGCACAUUAAAUAUUAAUUGCACAUACGCUUGUAGAUGCUUGAUCAUUGUAGAAUAGUUAUAUUACUGUACAUUUAUUUAAUUUAGAUUAAGUUUGUAUAUUUGAUCUCCUGCGGCGUUCAUUCCAAAGUACUUAGUCUUUAUUUAGAGACGUUAAACGUUUCUAUAUAGUAUUUAUUAUUAGUAAUAAGAUAGGUAAUUACUUAAUUAACCGUAUACUGAAACAUACUUAAAUCCUUUAAUUUAACGCUCAGUCAUUACGUAUUAAGUCAUUGCAAAGUAAUCGUAAAAAAUCCUUUUAAAAAUCGUAAAUGUAUUAUCUAUAGUUUGGCCUUAGUCUUGGCAUCUUUACCCUUUAACAUAUAUGUACAUAAGAGUUAGGUACAUAAUUAUAGGCAAUAGAAAUACCAUAUUAUAAGAUUUUAAUCUUUCGCGUUCCUAACAUUUGAAACUGAAAAAUAACAUAGCUUAUACAGUGUAUAAUUUAUGGCACAUUCUGUAAAAUAAUAGUAUCUACAGUAGGCACCAUUUCAGUAUACAAGUAAGCUAGUAGUUGUACUAUAACGUUCGUUUAUAGGAUUUAAAGUUAUAAGAAAUUAUUCACUAUCAAAUAAGUAUGUAGUCUUGAAAUUCAGAGCGUUUAAUCUUUUUUGAUUUUACACCUUGAAAAUAUCUUCGUUUCCUUUUUCAUAUCAAAAUUAGCCAAACCAAUAUUGAAAUAUUUUUUCAUUUUCAUAUUUAAUUUAAAUUAAUAUUUUAAAAAGACCUAUCGUAUAAUCAGUUAAGGCAUAGUUUCAGAAGUUGCACGAAUCGAUCGGUAGAAAGGCCACCGCCAUCGAUCGAAUGCAUGGGCAUAUUUUUAGAUCUGGCCAACUAUCUCAUAAAGUUUUCACUCUACAUCGGAAUGGUCAGGUCACUAGGGCACUUGUUGUACCAUAUUGUGUUAUUCAAAACAUAAAAUUUGUGUGAAUCAAAACCAAAUUGAUUUUAACUCUACUUUUUGAGUUUUGCUUUCACUAAAGUCACUAAACAAUUCGUCAAGUCAAAACUCAAUUUUAUUUUGAAACAAGUCUUGUUUUGCUUUUAGUAAGUCGUUAAUAUCUAGUCAGAAAAUAUUUUUCUAGUCAAUUACAUAUCGACCAAAGCCUAUUUUAUCUCAAUUUUCUAGUCGUGUUUUACUUUUAUCUAGUCAAG